AGUGACAUUUAAAAGGUUGGGACAAAGCUUUCAAAGACAGAGAUGUUCAACCAUUUCGUCUGGAUAACGUUAUUGUUUUUGGAGAAGAAAAAAAAAACGUUACUGUUUUCAACAAGCAACUGUCUUACAAAUAGAAGAAAGAAAGAAACAACUUGUAAAGAAUAUGAAAUGGUGAAGAUGUCCUCAAGGACCUGAAGACAAAAUCAACUUGUUGACAGCCAGACAAGUGUUGAACUCACUUGCUGAUGUUAACGAUGUGAAUACAGAUCGCUUUGCAAUCUAAUGGACCGCACGGGACUCGUCCGUCACCAAUAGCUGAUAUAUUUCAUACAUUUUGGACCGUGAUAUUACCAGUACUUUAGCUCGUUAGGUCGUUAACUAACUCGGCAGCUGUGAACUGUGAACAGAGCUUUCUGUCGGAGUUAAAUAAGAGAGGCAUUAUUUUCCUCAGUAGUUAUGUUUCCGUUAGAUUCGACGUGGAACAUUUCCUUUGCAGGUUGCGGUUUCUUAGGCAUCUAUCAUAUCGGUGUAGCGAGUUGUCUACAGGAGCAGUGUCCGUUUCUAGUGCAUAACGCCCGGCACAUCUACGGGGCAUCAGCUGGGGCGCUCACCGCCACUGCGCUGGUCAGCGGAGCUUGUUUAGGUGAGGCAGGUGCCAACAUCAUUGAUGUGGCCAAAGAGGCCCGGAAGCGUUUCCUGGGUCCUAUGCACCCGUCUUUCAACCUGGUAAAGAUCAUGCGUAACAUGCUGUAUAAAACACUGCCACCGAAUGCCCACCAUCGUGCCACCGGGAGGCUGGGCAUAUCACUCACCAGGGUGACCGACGGAGAGAAUGUCUUGGUGUCCCACUUUAACAGCAAGGAGGAACUGGUGCAGGCGUGUGUCUGCAGUGCUUACAUCCCUGUGUACUGUGGACUGAUCCCCCCUACACUGCAGGGUGUGCGUUACGUGGACGGUGGUAUCAGUGAUAAUCUGCCUCAGUAUGAGCUGAAGAACACCAUCACUGUGUCUCCGUUCUCUGGAGAGAGUGACAUCUGCCCUAGAGACCGAUCCACCAACAUGCAUGAACUACGAUUCACCAACACCUCCAUCCAGUUUACACUCACCAACCUCUACAGAGUGUCCAAAGCUCUGUUUCCCCCUGAGCCACAGGUUAUGAAGGCCAUGUGUAAACAGGGGUACAACGAUGCUCUUCACUUUCUGAAGAAGAACGGACUGUUGAAUCCCCAAGGACCCCACAGACCUCUAAUAGCCGACGGUGAGGAAGAUGACGUCAUCGAGGAUGAUGAUGAUGACGACGACGACGAUGACGAAGAACACGAGGAGCGGCUGGUACAGAACGAGAUCAGACCCAUUGAGAAAGAGUCCGUGGUGGCCCCCGCCGAGUCCAAAUCCAACAUCGAGGAUCAUAUCUUCGAGCACCUGCCACCCAGACUACACAAAGCUCUGGUGGAAGCCUGCAAGGAGAGAUACAGUCUGGGCCAGUCGCUAAGCAACCUACUGCCAGUCAGGAUGGCGACGGCUAUGAUGCUUCCAUACACCUUUCCCCUGGAGUCUGCUCUGUCUAUGACUGUUAGACUGUUAGAGUGGCUGCCUGAUGUUCAGGAGGAUGUGGGAUGGAUCAGGGAGCAGGUCGUUAAGGUGUUGCAGUGUGCUGUGAGCCGGGCCACCAAGACUGUCUCCAACCACGUCUCUGCGAACUGUUACUACCAGUUGGAGCUGCGUCACUGCCAGUCCCUGCCUGCCCAACUCAACCCUGCCAGACUGCUCCCUAGCUGGGUGAGUGGAGGCAGCUCCUCUGUCCUGGAUGUUAUCAGUCGUCUGGACCAGUACCAGAGGCAGCUGCUGCCGGGCUCCUUCUGUGUCAACCUGGACCUCCACGGCGCCUUAUACACCAGGGGGACCCCAGGCCCAGGAAGAUGCCCCAAAGCUGGGGAAGGAAGUCCAGGACCGUCCCUGGCCCCUAUAGACCCAGAGGAGGUCGAGGGGAUGGGGCUGAUGAUGAGAAGGCUCAAUGAAAACCACAACUCUACUCCAGCCUCACUCUAACAUUAUAAUGUAUCCCUAAAGAAAAGGACGAGGGUGGACUGUGAAUGAGGGCGUGUCGAGAGGGUAAAUGAGGGCGUGUCCAGAGGGUAAAUGAGGGUGUGUCCAGAGGGUAAAUGAGGGCGUGCCCAGAGGGUAAAUGAGGGCAUGUCCAGAGGGUAAAUGAGGGCGUGUCCACAGGGUAAAUUAGGGUAAAUUAGGGCGUGUCCAGAGGGUAAAUUAGGGUAAAUUGGGGCGUGUCCAUAGGGUGAAUUAGGGUGUGUCCAGAGGGUAAAUUAGGGCGUGCCCAGAGGGUACACUGAGCCAAACCCACGUUCAGUACCCCGAGUGCAUAUAUUUAAUUGUACGUGACCCCAGUGGGAACCAAAGCCACGAUGACACUGGCGUCGCUGACACCACACGGUUACUAUUACUAUCAGUAUUAUCUUAGAACUACAUUGUUGGUCAGAAGGACAUUUUCACUGUGAGGUUCUACACCUGUUGUCUUCAAGCACAUGUGACAAAUACAAUUUGAUUUGAUUUAUCGACUGAGCCACACUGGAUCUCUAGGAGCUGUCGGUAGCUAUUAGGGCCCUAGUGGGAUGUCUAUUAGGAUCACAGACUGUCGACGCCUAGGAACCUACAGGGACCUUCGACAACCUGUCACCGAUCUGCAGAAUCUCGUCUGCAGCACCUUAGAAUGACAUUUAACUUAUUUUCAUUGUUGUUAUCCGUCCUCAGACUCUGAUCACAAGUCCAACAGCUCAUCGUUACACAGUGCCUCACGGUACUUUGACAUUCAGUACCAGUUAAAAGUUUGGACGCAACUACUCAUUCAAGGGUUUUUCUUUAUUUAUUUUUACUAUUUUCUACAUUUGUAGAAUAAUAGUGAAGACAUCAAAACGAUGAAAUAACACAUAUGGAAUCAUGAAGUAACCCCCAAAAAAGGUGUUAAACAAAUCAAAUAUAUAUUUUAGAUUUUAGAUUCUUCAAAGUAGCCAAACUUUGCCUCUAUGACAGCUUUGCACACUCUUGGCAUUCUCUCAACCAGCUUCAUGAGGCACCUGGAAUGCACAUUUCAAUUAACAGGUGUCUUUUUAUUCAUACCUUAAAAUGACUCCCUUUUUGUUGUAGUGUUCGUUCUCGUCUCUUUUUAACACCUUCUAAGUGCUUAUUACUUCCAUCAUUCGGAUGUCCAGCCCUCUACUUCUCUUUAUUGAUUUGACAUUAUGACAUCACCGAGGCCCCUGUUGCUUCACUAGGAGCGGCUGUGUUCCAAACGGUACACUAUUCCCUACAUAGUGCGCUACGAAAGAAGUGGACUUAAUAGGGAAUAGGGUGUCAUUUUUUAACAAGACAUAGGGGGGUGUCAGAAUGUAUUUUUUUAAUAGCUAUUUUUCACAACUGGAAUUAUGGGCACAGUAGCUGGCUGUGUUGCGAAUUGAAUGAACAAGUUGUGUGUAUGUGUUGAGGCUUCAUCCCUCACUGGCCAAUCAGAAUGUGCUCCAUGGCUAAAUAAUGUGGUUGCUUCAAGUUGAGUAUUUUACAGUCUCUUAUUUGAGUGUUAGUCCGUUAUAGCAUAGUUUGUUAAAUAGCCUACAGAAACCAAAAUGACAUAUUUUUUAUUUAGGUCAAUCCCAUCUUGGCUAAAUAUGUUGAACAUGUUUGCAGUCCACAUUGUAAAAAGCCAAAUUGCCAAAUGGCUUCAAUAUGGAAAUACUGUAUAUUGUUAAACGUAGCAUUCACACUGAUAUUGUCACGUUCGUGGUAAUAAUUAUCGGACCAAGCUGCAGCGCGAUAUGGUUUACACAUAUUAUUUACUAGAAACGCACAAAACAACAAACAAACAAACAAACAAAGAAACAAGCAACGAGCCGUAACAAAGAGGUGUAACAUACACCAACUCAAAACAAUAUCCCACAAACACAGGUGGAAAGAAUGCUACUUAAAUAUGAUCCCCAAUUAGAGACCACGAUAGCCAGCUGCCUCUAAUUGGGAAUCAUACCAACCACCAACAUAGAAAAACUAAACUAGAACCCUACAUAGAAAAGAAUAACUAGAAAACCCCCCAGUCACGCCCUGACCUACUAUACCAGAGUAACAAAGGCUCUCUAUGGUCAGGGCGUGACAGAUAUGAGUGCUAGGCUAAAAAUGGGCAUUCUGUCUGAGCCAUGGACAUGCCAAACGUUGUCAAUAAGCAAUAUUUAAAUUCACUUUUCAUUCACUUGAAAAUAGAGUGAAUCAUUUGAAUCAAAUUCUAAUCAAAACCAAACCACUUGUUUUUAAAAGUCUGUCUAAAAACAGUCAGAGGCAGCAUAAUUGUUUUUAAAAGUCUGUAUAAAAACUAACAGAGGCAGCAUAAUUGUUUUUAAAAGUCUGUCUAAAAACAGUCAAAUCAAAUCAAAUCAAAUGUUAUUUGUCACAUACACAUGGUUAGCAGAUGUUAGUGCGAGUGUAGCGAAAUGCUUGUGCUUCUAGUUCCGACAAUGCAGUAAUAACCAACAAGUAAUCUAACUAACAAUUCCAAAACUACUGUCUUAUACACAGUGUAAAGGGAUAAAGAAUAUGUCCAUAAAGAUAUAUGAAUGAGUGAUGGUACAGAGCAGCAUAGGCAAGAUACAGUAGAUGGUAUCGAGUACAGUAUAUACAUAUGAGAUGAGUAUGUAAACAAAGUGGCAUAGUUAAAGUGGCUAGUGAUACAUGUAUUACAUAAGGAUGCAGUAGAUGAUAUAGAGUACAGUAUAUACUUACUGAUCGCGUUCACACUUUUAGCAGAUUGCAUUUGAUGCGAACUGGACGUUCACCAUAAAGCCAGGAUGGUGAAUCAUUCUAAUGCAUCUUGUUUUCCAUUUGAUUCACGCAUGUACAAUGCGGGAGUUGGCUAAAAUAGGUCUGCAAAAUACAUACAGUUGAAGUCGGAAGUUUACAUACACUUAUGUUGGAGUCAUUAAAACUCGUUUUUCAACCACUCCACAAAUUUCUUAUUAACAAACUAUAGUUUUGGUAAGUCGGUUAGAACAUCUACUUUGUGCACGACACAACUAAUUGUUCCAACAAUUGUUUACAGACAGAUUAUUUCACUUAUAAUUCACUGUAUCACAAUUCCAGUGGGUCAGAAGUUUACAAACAAUAAAUUGACUGUGCCUUUAAACAGCUUGGAAAAUUCCAGAAAAGUAUGUCAUGGCUUUAGAAGCAUCUGAUAGGCUAAUUGACAUAAUUUGAGUAAAUUGGAGAUGUACCUGUGGAUGUAUUUCAUGGUCUACCUUCAAACUCAGUGCCUCUUUGCUUGACAUCAUGGGACAUCAAAAUAAAUCAGCCAAGACCUCAGAACAAAACAUUGUAGACCUCCACAAGUCUGGUUCAUCCUUGGGAGCAAUUUCCAAAUGCCUGAAGGUACCACAGUUAUCUGUACAAACAAUAGUACGCAAGUAUAAACACCAUGGGACCACGCAGCCAUCAUACCGCUCAGGAAGGAGACGCGUUCUGUCUCCUAGAGAUGAACAUACUUUGGUGCGAAAAAGUGAACAUCAAUACCAGGAUGACAGCAAAGGACCUUGUGAAGAUGCUGGAGGAAACAGGUACAAAAGUAUCUAUAUCCACAGUAAAACGAGUCCUAUAUAGACAUAACCUGAAAGGCCGCUCAACAAGGAAGAAGCCACUGCUCCAAAACCGCCAUUAAAAAGCCAGACUACGGUUUGCAACUGCACUUGGGAGCAAAGACUGUACUUUUUUGGAGAAAUGUCCUCUGGUCUGAUGAAAAGAAAAUAGAACUGUUUGGCCAUAAUGACCAUUGUUAUGUUUGGAGGAAAAGGGAAGGCUUGCAAGCCGAAGAACACCAUCCCAACCGUGAAGCACAGGGGUGGCAGGCGGGACUGGUGCACUUCACAAAAUAGAUGGCAUCAUGAGGAAAGACAAUUAUGUGGAUAUUUUGAAGCAACAUCUCAAGACAUCAGUCAGGAAGUUAAAGCUUGGUCACAAAUGGAUCUUCCAAAUGGACAAUGACCCCAAGCAUACUUCCAAAGUUGUGGCAAAAUGGACAAUAAAGUCAAGGUAUUGGAGUGGCCAUCACAAAGACCUGACCUCAAUCCUAUAGAACAUUUGUGGGCAGAACUGAAAAAGCGUGUGCGAGCAAGGAGGCCUACAAACCUGACUCAGUUACACCAGGUCUGUCAGGAAGAAUGGGCCAAAAUUCACCCAACUUAUUGUGGGAAGCUUGUGGAAGCUAGUUUGUAAAAGCAAUGCAAUCAAAUACUAAUUUUGUGUAUGUAAACUUCUGACCCACUGGGAAUGUAAUGAAAGUAAUAAAAGCUGCAAUAAAUUAUUCUCUCUACUAUUAUUCUGAUAUUUCACAUUCUUAAAAUAAAGUGGUGAUCCUAACUGACCUAAGACAGGGCAUUUUUACUAGCAUUAAAUGUCAGGAACUGUGAAAAACUGAGUUUAAAUGUAUUUGGCUAAUUGUGUAUGUACAGUGCCUUGCGAAAGUAUUCCUGCCCCCUUGAACUUUGCGACCUUUUGCGACAUUUCAGGCUUCAAACAUAAAGAUAUAAAACUGUAUUUUUUUGUGAAGAAUCAACAACAAGUGGGACAUAAUCAGGAAGUGGAACGACAUUUAUUGGAUAUUUCAAACUUUUUUAACAAAUCAAAAACUGAAAAAUUGGGCGUGCAAAAUUAUUCAGCCCCUUUACUUUCAGUGCAGCAAACUCUCUCCAGAAGUUCAGUGAGGAUCUCUGAAUGAUCCAAUGUUGACCUAAAUGACUAAUGAUGAUAAAUACAAUCCACCUGUGUGUAAUCAAGUCUCCGUAUAAAUGCACCUGCACUGUGAUAGUCUCAGAGGUCCGUUAAAAGCGCAGAGAGCAUCAUGAAGAACAAGGAACACACCAGGCAUGUCCGAGAUACUGUUGUGAAGAAGUUUUGGAUACAAAAAGAUUUCCCAAGCUUUAAACAUACCAAGGAGCACUGUGCAAGCGAUAAUAUUGAAAUGGAAGGAGUAUCAGACCACUGCAAAUCUACCAAGACCUGGCCAUCCCUCUAAACUUUCAGCUCAUACAAGGAGAAGACUGAUCAGAGAUGCAGCCAAGAGGCCCAUGAUCACUCUGGAUGAACUGCAGAGAUCUACAGCUGAGGUGGGAGACUCUGUCCAUAGGACAACAAUCAGUUGUAUAUUGCACAAAUCUGGCCUUUAUGGAAGUGGCAAGAAGAAAGCCAUUUCUUAAAGAUUUCCAUAAAAAGUGUUGUUUAAAGUUUGCCGCAAGCCACCUGGGAGACACACCAAACAUGUGGAAGAAGGUGCUCUGGUCAGAUGAAACCAAAAUUGAACUUUUUGGCAACAAUGCAAAACGUUAUGUUUGGCGUAAAAGCAACACAGCUCAUCACCCUGAACACACCAUCCCCACUGUCAAACAUGGUGGUGGCAGCAUCAUGGUUUGGGCCUGCUUUUCUUCAGCAGGGACAGGGAAGAUGGUUAAAAUUGAUGGGAAGAUGGAUGGAGCCAAAUACAGGACCAUUCUGGAAGAAAACCUGAUGGAGUCUGCAAAAGACCUGAGACUGGGACAGAGAUUUGUCUUCCAACAAGACAAUGAUCCAAAACAUAAAGCAAAAUCUACAAUGGAAUGGUUUAAAAAUAAACAUCCAGGUGUUAGAAUGGCCAAGUCAAAGUCCAGACCUGAAUCCAAUCGAGAAUCUGUGGAAAGAACUGAAAACUGCUGUUCACAAAUGCUCUCCAUCCAACCUCACUGAGCUCGAGCUGUUUUGCAAGGAGGAAUGGGAAAAGAUUUCAGUCUCUCGAUGUGCAAAACUGAUAGAGACAUACUCUUAGCGACUUACAGCUGUAAUCGCAGCAAAAGGUGGCACUACAAAGAAUUAAGGGGGCUGAAUAAUUUUGCACGCCCAAUUUUUCAGUUUUUGAUUUGUUAAAAAAGUUUGAAAUAUCCAAUAAAUGUCGUUGCACUUCA